UGGGGGAAUUGGUACAGGUUUCACGACUAAGAUUGGAUGGAAAGAUUCAGAAGAAAUGAACAGCCACAUCAACCAGACGCAAGGGCGUUAUACUUUAUAAUAGGAUUGUCUACUUGUUGCAGAUUGUCUUCUUCUAUAUGAGCAGGGAUCUUCACGCUCCAAUGGAAUUAUAUUUCAAAGGAUUUAUUUUACUUUUAUUUACUGUUCCUCUCCAAGGUCGACUUUGUCUGCUUUCUAAGAAACUACAGCUUUGCUAUGAAACGUUGGUUCCUGCUCAUAAACCUCUGCUGUAAUUCCUUGUACAGCCAUGGCUCCCUCACAGAGAUUAUUGCAAGCGAUGAACAAGGGCCCCGAGUUUGAGAAGCAUUUUUAUAGUGUAAACAUUUUAAAAUCCGUCCCACCGAUGUCUCCAGUUGUCAGAGUGACGGCAAAUGAAUCGGGACUUGAAGGAAACACGUUGAUUACCUACAGACUGCUGAACCAAUCAGGGAAUGAGUUUGAUAUCAGUAACCAUACGGGACAAAUCUAUGGGGUCUCUGUUCCAGACGAAGUUGGAAUAUACACAUUAAGAGUUCAGGCUUCAGACUCAGCUGGCCGUUCUGACCAAUCCACUGUUCAGAUAAGAGUGGAUCCUGAAGAUUCCUUCAGCUCUUCUCAUAAUGGUCUAGUGGUCCUUAAACUUAAUCAGACACGAAAAAUCACUGAGCAGCAGCUUCCAAAUAUUAUUAGUAUUAUAGGAGGCAUACUCCAUUCCAACAUAUGGAUACGAUUAGUUUCCAGUUCUGCAGAAGGUGGUGGAAUGAGAGGAGAAAUAACAACCAUUUGGUUUCAAGCUGUAGAUAAGAAUAACCAUGUGGCGCGUGAAGAAGAUGUGCUGAAGAAUCUGACAGACAAUAUUAGGAAUAUUCAGCAACAUCUGGACAAGCUGUUCGGUUCACCUGUGGAAUUUUCCCUGUCUAAAACGCUGACAUUUUCUCUGAGAUAUGGAGCAGAGCUUGGAGGUGCCAUAGGUGCUCUGGGUGCUCUGCUGGCUGUGUGGCUUGCAGGUGUUUCCAUUUAUAUGAUAAUAAGAAAUAAAUGGAAUAAUUUUGUAGAAGACAAACCUGUCCCCCCUGGAGCUGAGAAAGAGCCUCAGAAUUUGGAUAAUGGAACCAAAUCCCCAUCAGAAGAGGCGCCUACCAGUCCUACAGCAGAGGAGCCCGGGAAAGAGUCAGUCUCAGUCACACUGCAAGGGGAUGAUAAGGGUGAUAAGCCGGUGGAAACAGAAUCCCCAUCAGAAGAGGCGCCUACCAGUCCUACAGCAGAGGAGCCCGGGAAAGAGUCAGUCUCAGUCACACUGCAAGGGGAUGAUAAGGGUGAUAAGCCGGUGGAAACAGACACUGGCAAAGAGGGUGAAGCCGGUGGAGAAGCAGCAGCCUCCGGGACUGAAGUUGAUAAAAUGAAAGAAGAGACUGUGCCGGAGAAAGACCCUGAGACUGUACCGGCAGAUGCGACAAAGAAGGAUGAUUCAGAUGAAGUAGGAGAAAAUAUUUCUACCACUGCUACGUUUCUGGAUUAGGAGCAAAGAUUCCAUGUGCCCAGCAGUAGAAUUAGUAGGGGUUUUGUACAGAGUCAGACACAACACAUGAAUAUUGCUGCCCUACGUCUGUCUGACACAAUAGGAUCAAUGACUUCCAUGUAGCUUCCCAUGCAUUAUUAGUAUUCCUCUCUCUCUCUCUCUCUCUCUCUCUCUCUCUCUCUCUCAGGCUUCCCUUCAAACUAUUCAUUUGAUUUGCUCUUAUUUCAUAAUUUGGGAGCCUUUCAGCAUCAGCAGAACAUGUAUGAUUUCUGUUUCUUCUCCCUUAAGUGCGUGUAUAUACUAUAUGUGCCUAGAAUAAAACCCCUUCGAUUUUGUUGCCUCCA